UAUUUUGAUUCGCGUGUUAUGAAACUGCUGAGUAAAAUCUGUGCGAGUUAUUUUCCUAAAAGUUGAUUGUUUUCAAUAGUCUCCAGGAAUGUUCUUCAUAAGAAAACUACCGGUGCGUCCAGCACUGCUAUUUCAAAAUGUAAAACCAAGAUUUUUGAGUAGCCAGGCCAAUAUAAGCGAAAAAACUAUUGACCUGUACCGGCAGAAGUACGAACGAGAUUCAUGGACCAACAUCACACCGAAGAUUAUUUCCCACCUAGAUCGGAAUCUGCAUCUCAAACACAAUCAUCCGCUGUCGAUUAUCCGUAAGCGGAUUGUUAAAUAUUUCUACGGUGCUUACUUGAACCCGCGAGGAAACCCUUUAUUCAGUGUUUAUGAUAAUCUCAGCCCAGUGGUUUCUACCGAGCAGAAUUUUGAUAAUUUGCUGAUUCCAAAGGAUCAUCCCAGCCGAGCAAAAAGUGAUUGCUAUUAUAUUAAUAAAGACUAUCUUCUGCGAGCACACACAACUGCCCAUCAGGUCGAGCUAAUUCAGGCUGGUUUGGACAACUUUCUUGUGGUAGGAGACGUCUAUCGGCGUGAUGAAAUUGAUGCCACCCAUUAUCCGGUUUUCCAUCAGAUGGAUGCCGUUAGAAUCAUUCACCAGGAUAAGCUUUUUGAACGGACUCCCGAGCUGAAAGUCUUCGAAACAUCCUACAAAACUCACCUGAGCAAAGACGUAAGCACUAUUUCCGACUGCAUUGACCAGCAAAAGCAACCCUGUCAUACGCUGGAAGCGGUAAAAGUCUGCGAACAUGAGAUGAAACGUAUACUGGUGGGAAUGGUGAAAGAUUUGUUCGGAGACAACAUCGAAUACCGAUGGGUUGAGACCACCUUCCCGUUCACACAACCAUCGUGGGAGUUGGAAAUCUUCUUCAAUGGAAAAUGGUUGGAAAUUCUCGGUUGUGGAAUUACGAAAAACGAUAUCCUGGACCGAGCAGGUGUCGAUAACUCGAUUGCUUUUGCUUUCGGGGUUGGCUUAGAACGAUUGGCUAUGGUUCUGUUCGAUAUACCGGACAUAAGGCUGUUUUGGUGUACGGACAGCGGAUUCUUGAAUCAGUUCAAAGACGACAAAAUUGUCAAGUACAAACCGAUUUCAAUGCAUCCGCAGUGUGCAAAUGAUAUAUCUUUUUGGCUGCCACAAGAAUUGAGCUUGGACACUUUUUCAGCCAAUGAUUUCUACGAUUUGGUGCGUACAGUCGGUGGCGACAUGGUGGAGCAGGUAACUUUAAUCGACAAGUUCAAACACCCGAAAACAGGUAAGUCUAGUCUUUGUUUCCGGAUAGUCUACCGACACAUGGAAAAAACGCUAACGCAAGCCGAAGUCAAUGUAGUUCAUGCCAAAAUCGGCUCAGAGUUGAUCAAAGAAUUCAAUGUAGUUAUUCGAUAAAUAAGCAACCCUGUGUUGCAUAAUUUUCAUUGUAAUUAUUUCUACUAAGGAAGAGUUGGAAAACAUUACAUUAGCUGAAACUUAAA